AUGUGGCUCAUACUAUUUUUGGCAUUUAUCGUUGCAUUCAUCAUUUAUUUAAAGUUAAAAUAUUUUACAUUUCGCAGUUCAGUACCCGGUUUGCCACCUCAAUUUCUAUUUGGUAAUUUACUUCAAACUGGAUUAUUCAAAGGAAAUUCUCUUCCUCAAAUAUAUACAUCGCUGAAAAAUCGUUUCGGUGAUAUUUAUCAACUUCAAUUUGGGUUGGUUCAUGCUUUCAUUAUCGGUAAUAUCGACGACAUUCAACAUAUUUUUAAUCAUCGACAUAUUUAUGAUCAAGGUGAUUGGGCCGUAGAACUAGUAGGCGCUCUUUUUCCAAAUGGUCUCAUUACUCUAAAAGGAGCUAAACACAAACGACAUGCUGCACUCACUAUGCCCCUAUUUCGUCGAGCUAAAAUUAUUUCAAAUUUCGAUUUAAUUAUCGAUUGUACUGAGAAAUUAUUGGACAAUUGGCGUACAUUUUCAAAUGAGCACAUACAUUGUGAUAUUGUACAACAAUGUCAAAAUCUUUUACUUCAAAUUUUUGGAUUAAUUGCAUUUGAUUAUGAUUUGGAAACGAUAAAUGGAAGCAAUACUAACGAGUUUACACAGACUCUAAGAAACUUUAUCAAUAUGGUUGAACUAACUGCUUUUUUACCAAGUUUUAUCUUAAGAAUGUAUGCAAUAUUAAGUCCUCAAUAUCGACGAGAUCGUGCAACCGCUGAACGAUAUUUAUAUCGAAUGAUAGAACAAGAAUUAAAUGAAACUGAUGAAUCAAGAGCUCAACGAAAGAAAACAUCUUUAAUUGCUUCACUUGUUGAUUCAUUACAAACUGAUGAAAUAGCUGAAGCAAAAAAAAGUGAAGAAGAGAAAAAAGGUUUAUCACGACAAGAAGUAUUGGACGAAAUGCUAAUGUUUUUAAUGGCUGGUUUUGAAACAACAUCUACUGCUUUGGCAUGGUCUAUUCAUUUAUUAAGUAAACAUCCACAAGUUCAACAAAAGAUUAAAGCUGAAUUAAUCAAUGACAAUGUUAAUCAAAUACUAACUGUGGAUCGUCUCGAUUCACUUGUUUAUUUGGAUUGUGUUAUCAAAGAAGUACUUCGUUUUUCUUCACCUGCUGACGGAACAGCUCGAACAUUAACUGUUGAUGAUCGUUUACCGAAUAGUGGUGUUCAAUUAUACAAAGGUGACCAAGUGAUUAUUCCAUUUUCUAUUCUUGCUCGUGAUAGUCGAUAUUGGAAAGUUGAUCCGGAAUUAUUCUAUCCCGAACGAUUUUUAGAUGAAGAUAAAAAUCAUCAUCCAUAUGCAUUUUUGCCAUUUGGUGCUGGACAUCGUCAAUGUAUUGGACAAGAUUUAGCUCGAUUUGAAUUGAAAGUGAUUCUUGCUAAGCUAAUGCAACAUGUAACAUUUGAAGAUGGUGGAUCUGAAGUCAAUGCUGGUGGACAUUUGCAAAAAAUGAUAGUCAUGCCUAAACAUGUUGGCGUUACAAUUAAGUUUGAUGCAUAA